AUGCCUGCUACCGUGCACGCCAGAAGGGACUCUGCAGAGUCGAUCAAUACCGAUAUCGUAACGUUGUCGCGUUACAUUCUGGAAAAACAGCGGUACAGCGCGAAACAUGCCACGGGCGAGUUUUCGCUGCUGCUCAAUUCUCUUCAGUUUGCUUUCAAGUUCAUCUCGCAGACGAUCCGGCGCGCAGAACUGGUCAAUCUCAUGGGUCUCUCGGGCGCGUCCAACGCGACCGGCGACCAACAGAAAAAGCUCGACGUCCUGGGCGACGAGAUCUUCAUCAACGCCAUGAAGACCAGCGGCAACGUCAAGGUGCUUGUGUCCGAAGAACAGGAGGACUUGCUUGUCUUCCGCAACAACUCCGGUUCGUACGCGAUCUGCUGCGACCCGAUUGACGGCUCCUCCAACCUUGACGCGGGUGUCUCCGUGGGCACCAUCGUCUCCUUGUUCCGUCUUUUACCGGACUCUUCCGGUAGCAUCAAGGACGUGUUGCGGAGUGGGCGCGAAAUGGUGGCCGCGUGUUACGCCAUGUACGGCGCGUCGACCCACGUGAUGCUCACCACCGGCGACGGCGUCGACGGAUUCACCCUCGAUACCAAUCUCGGCGAGUUCAUUCUCACAUACCCCAACUUGCACAUGCCGCUUGAGUGCCCCAUUUACUCCAUCAACGAGGGUAACACUCUUUACUGGGAACAACACAUCCAGGAUUUCGUCAAUGGAUUGAAAGAGCCCCAGCAGUUUCUCAACGGCAAGCCUUACUCGUCUCGUUACAUCGGGUCCAUGGUCGCAGACGUUCACCGUACUUUGCUAUACGGCGGUUUGUUCUCAUACCCUUGUGACCGCAAGAACAAGCACGGCAAACUGAGACUCCUUUACGAGGCUUUCCCCAUGGCGUUCCUGGUCGAACAGGCGGGCGGCAAAGCCGUCAACGACAAGGGCGAACGGAUUCUUGAUCUUACCCCAGAACAUAUUCACGACAAAUCUAGCAUCUGGCUCGGAAGCGCCUACGAAAUCGACAGGUACCUGCAGCACAUCGGCAAGCAGCAAGCAUAG